AAAGCCAAAAGUCAACAAGUCAACCUCCUUCAAGUCGAAAUACAAAUGGAUUUGGAACAUUUGUCUUGCGUCGAUGAUGAUUUGCCUCCUGCAACGUCGAGUCCAUGGGAAAAGAUGGAAAAAGCGUUAUCGUUGCUUAAAAAUUCUUUAGGAAUCGGCCUGCAAAAUCUCCCUUACCCUCACUUGUGCGUCCCAAAUUCUACGCUUCUUGAAUAUCGUCAACUGAAGGGUAUUAUUGCCUUUCCGGUCUUUGAUUCUGAUCAACCCAUGCAUUGCCGUGCUGUGCUAGAGCUUGUGACCAUGGAGGAGAAACGGGAUUUUGAUUUAGAGACGGAAAAAGGUUUCCAGGCUGCGGAUUUACGGAUCAAUUUACAACCUCGACUUCGUCCUGAGUGUUUUUCAAGGGAUCAAAGAGCUGAGUUAACUGAAAUCGCUAAUGUUACCACAGCUGUAUGCCAAACACACAGAUUGCCACUUGCUCUGACAUGGAUUCCUUUUGAUUAUACCUGGGGAGCUGUUGAUGAUAUUUCAAAAUUGCGUGUCAGAUUACGUGAUUCAAGGAUGAUCCGGAAAUGUGUAUUUUUCAUAGAGCGUACAUCUUGUUAUGCCGAUGAGGAGAUGCAAGACUUUGUGCAUGCUUGUGAGCAACUAUUUAUGCACAGUUGGCAAGGUGCUGCUGGACGAGCCUUUAUAAAAUAUCUUCCUUCCUUUGAGCCUGAUGUGAAGGAAAAUCAUGUAAGCGAGUAUCCUCUUGCUCAUCACGCACGAAAGUAUAAUUGGAAUGCUGCAGUUGCAAUCUGGCUAAGGGGCAGUGAUGCUGAUUAUAACUAUAUAUUAGAGUUCUUUCUCCCUAUCCUCAUGAAAGAGAGUUCAGAGCAGCAAGGCUUGGUUAGGAACCUGAAGCUUACACUACGGAAAACUUGUAAGAGCUUGAGAAUGUUUUCAAAAGAAGAAUUACUCUGGGAACGAGGUUCUAAAGUUAGUAAAAACAAUGCUAAAAUUGAACCUGCUCCAAAUGCUGAUGGUAAUAUGUUCACCGUAUGUGCUAAUAAUAAAGACGAAAGGUAUCUGAAGUGUGGAAAUGGUUCGAUGAGGUUAUAGAAGAAAAUGUUGCAGGUAAAGGAUGCAAGAACAAGUAUACAGGGGAUAGCAAGAAGGGAACCUCAAAUCUACACAAACAUUUAAAAAGUUAUUCAAAAAAUGGACGAAGAGAUGCAAAAACAAAUAUGCUUGUUCAAUGGCGAAGAGAAUGAAGUUAUCUAGCAUCACCUUCUAAGGACACCAGUUGUCUGACAUCACAUGAUCCAGAUUCUGAUGAUAAGUUCCGGGGAUUCUGUGAGUGGCAUAAGCAGAAAGAUGAUGGCGAUGUGGUUGAUUCACAAAAACUUGAUCUUAAUCGGUAUUUAGGAGAGCAUUUGGAAAACCGGGAUAAGGUUUCAGAUGUAUUAGCUUGGUGGCGAGUCAAUACUCCAAGAUUUCCAGCACUUGGUAAAAUGGCUCGUGAUUUCUUAGCAAUUCCAAUAUCAGCUAUUCUAUCAAAGUCUACUAUCAAUGGUUUCAGGCUUUAAUAUGUGGACAGGACUGGUUGGAAAGCCCUGAAAACAAUUGAGUUCUUCACUUUCUAGAGACAGGUGAAUCCAAAAUGAUUCUUCCCCCUAAAUUUCUAAACAUUGUUUUCCUGUUUUUUUUUUCCCUGCCAUUAUUUGUUAAUGAAAUUUGGCUGCAAAGUCACACACUUCCCUUGUAAUGAUUAUUAACAGGGUCAUGACGCUAAAACAAUAGCAUAAGCUAAAUUUGAUAUGCAUUUCCUAA